ACACCAAUAAUUUGUGGUAGGGAACCCACUGCCACAAAGGAAGAGAAGAAAUUAGGAUCUGACCGCUCUGCUGAACUAAGUUCCAAAGUUAAUCAGUUUAUUUUGAGGAGGACAAAUGCGUUAUUGUCAAACCACCUACCACCAAAGAUAAUUGAAGUUGUUUGUUGCAAGCUGACACCACUCCAGUCAGAGCUGUACAAUCAUUUUAUACAUUCAAAAAAUGUGAAACAAGCUAUCGCUGAAGAAGCAAAACAGUCAAAAAUCUUAGCUUACAUAACAGCUCUGAAGAAGCUUUGCAAUCAUCCGAAGCUGAUAUACGACACGAUACGAAGUGGAAGUCCAGGGACAUCUGGUUUUGAGGACUGCAUCCGCUUUUUCCCUCCAGAAAUGUUUUCUGGAAGGUGUUGCUCAUGGACUGGUGGAGCUGGGUUGUGGGUUGAACUGUCAGGGAAAAUGAAUGUCUUAGCCCGACUUCUGGCUCAACUUCAUCAGAAAACAGAUGAUAGGAUUGUUUUGGUUUCCAACUACACACAGGUACCGAAGAGUAACUAUAGUUAACAGAAUCUGAAGUGUGAAAUACAAGUUUUGUAUGUUACAUGUGUUAGUUUUCUUCGAUUUGGAUGUUCUAGUUUGCUCUGGCUUUAAUUUCAAGUUCUGAGUCUCUUAGACCUCGUAGCAUCAUCUGGGACAGGACUCCAAAUUUUUCUCCAACAUGAAUCUCUUUUUGCUGGAUGCUGGUGUAGAAUUAUGAUUUCUUGGCCUGUGAUCACAAUUAUGAAUUAAUAAUUUCAAACGGUAAGUAGUAUGCUGAGAUAGUAAAAGUGCAUUCUAUGUUUUAUCUGAUGUGUGCAGGGGGAAGGAUUUGGGGUGGCUUAAAACCAGAAUUUUAAUUUAAUAAUGGACCUAUUGAGAUUCAGCAAAACAUUUAUACUGGCUAAAAGUGUUAUGAAUAUUUUGGUUGGCUCUGUCAGGACACCGUUAGAAGAGAACCGGAAGAUAGUUAUUGGCAGUGGUUUCGUAGUCAUCACCUCUGUUUGACUAUAAUAUCAAUAUUUAGCCAAUCCUAGGAGUGGCACUUCCUGUUUUUUUGCAGCAUAAUACAUAAGCAUGUCCUUUAACUUGGCCUCAACUCGCAUCUACGCCCUCCAACUUUGGAUGUGCACAAGUAGGCACUUAAAUUUGCAUAAAGUUGAACAAGUAGACACACACGUCCUAUG